UGCAGUUCUUUGGGAUUGAGUUUGGGAUUGUGUAGGCAAAUCUGUUCCUAGAUCUGCUUGCAGAGGCAACAAAUAUACUGGGGCAUCUUCAGGUGCUUGGAACGCCAGAUAACCUUUGGAGCGCACUGAAGUCUUGCGCAUGGAAGGCAGGGCACUUCCUGUUUUUUCUCAGAUCUUUUCUUGCUUACCAAAGAGCGCUUUCUAUAUUGAGUAAUGGGGAAACAGGCAUCCACCCACCGAACUAGUAACGUUAGGUCUGCACUUAUGGACAUUUCCAAAUGAAUCACAGGACAUAUUGAAACUAAGUGGUUUUGUAGUUUAACGAUGGAAUCGUUACGUCAAGCGUGAAUAGUGAGACCCAACAAGGGGUACUGCUAACUACCUCCACGCUAGCAAGGAUAACCAGCUAGUGAACGUAAGCAAGCUAACUUGGUACAAUCAGCUACGAUUUACUGUUGUGAAUGGUGAAACGUUACCGAGCUGACGUUUGCGUGCCAGACUGUCAAACCGAGUAACGUUUCUCUUCUCUGAAAGGUAUUUCCUCAACCAGGAAAGAGCAGCAUGCGGAGAGAGCUGCAUCCGCUCUAGAAUGAAGAAGAGCCCGGCGCACCGCUGCAGGGACAUCGAGAGGCAAGCCGGUUACCUGCAGCCCGAGCACUGCGCCCCUCCCCCGACCCGCCCCAGUUCCGACGCCAUGUGGUUCAUCCGCGACUGCUGCGGCAUCGCGUGCGGCGUCAUCACCUGGUGCCUGGUGUUCUACGCCGAGUUCGUGGUGCUCUUCGUCAUGCUGCUGCCCGCCAAGAACCUGCUCUAUAGUCUAAUCAACGGGGCACUGUUCAGUACCCUCGCCUUCCUCGCUCUGGCUUCGCACGCCCGGGCCAUGUGCACAGACCCGGGUGCGGUGCCUAAAGGGAACGCGACCAAGGAGUUUAUCGAGAGCCUGCAGCUCAAGCCCGGUCAGGUGGUCUACAAAUGUCCCAAGUGCUGCAGUAUCAAGCCUGACAGAGCUCACCACUGCAGUGUGUGUAAACGCUGUAUCAAGAAGAUGGACCACCAUUGCCCAUGGGUAAACAACUGCGUAGGAGAGAAGAACCAGAAAUUCUUUGUGCUUUUCACAAUGUACAUUGCACUGAUAUCCCUCCAUGCCCUGGUCAUGGUUGCCUUCCAUUUUAUCUUCUGCUUCGAGUCAGACUGGACGAAGUGCAGUACAUUCUCUCCUCCUGCGACCGUCAUCCUCCUCAUCUUCCUCUGCUUUGAGGGACUCCUCUUCCUCAUUUUCACCUCAGUGAUGUUUGGGACCCAGGUCCAUUCCAUCUGUACCGAUGAGACGGGCAUAGAGCAGUUGAAAAAGGAGGAGAGAAGAUGGGUUAAAAGGACAAAGUGGAUGAACAUGAGGGUGGUAUUUGGCCAUCCGUUCUCCAUAGCCUGGCUAAGUCCCUUUGCAACCCCCGACCACGGGAAGGCAGACUAUUACCAGUACGUUGUCUGAGAAGAAGAGGCCAAGCUCCAGCACCCGUGCUACCAGCAUGUCUUUCAGGGUGCGGACUGAUGAUGCGUACAGGCGAAGGUGUUCCCACCACCUGACUUCACUGAACAUUAACUCUUGACACGUCUUCUCCUUUUCUGUUUUUGAUCAUUUUUAAAUUUCAGGGUCUUCUUCGUGAAAAACAUCUUUCUGCCUGUUUUUAAUACUUGUCACUUAUUUUAGUUUUCUUUGCCUGGUGCUGAUUUUGAUACUGUAUGAAAAACAAGUUAUUUUCCCUUCUGUUCACAAUCACAGCCAAGCCCUGCAAAACCAUUUUCUGUUUAGAACAGCCAAAUCUGUUGCUGCAAGCUGCAGAGUCUUUGCCUUAUAGGCAUGUGCGGCAGCUCACUUCCUGCAGGACUGCCGCACAGAAGAAAUGCCAGGCCGCGCAGACUCCAGAGAUUGAACUUCACUGAGUUCACCCCAUUAGGUUGCACUACAUAGAUCAACGUUUUGUUCUGUGAUCAAAUCAACAUUAUAAACUGGGAUGUUCGAGCCCUGAAUGCUGAUUAGCUGACAGCUAUAUCAGACUGUAUACCACGGGUUUGACAAAACAUGUAUUUUUACUGCUCUAAUUACGUUGGUAACCAGUUUAUAAUAGAAAAAAGGCACCACAGGGGUUUGUGGUAUAUGACCAAUACACCACCGCUAAGGGCUGUAUCCAGGCACUCCACGUUGCGUCGUGCCUAAAAACAGCCCGUAGCCGUGGUAUAUUGGCCAUAUACCACACCCCCCCGCGCCUUAUUGCUUAAUUAUAUCAGCCCCUUUAAGCUGUUUUUGAAAAACUAGUCAGGUAAAAAGCGUGUGUGUUUUAAUUAAAGGGGCAGUGUUGUAUUUUGACACAGCCUUGAAUAUGGAAAUGAGCCAAUAGGCAGAGGGGUAGUCUUCAUUGUCUAAUUCUCUGCAUGAUAAUAAUUAAAUAUUUGAAAAGUG